AUGGGUUCCCAAGGUUCGACCGCGCCCCCAGGAGGCGACGUGCUCCUUGUGAAUGGCCAGAUCUUCCAGUCCAGCGGCGAGGGUGGUGCAUCGAAGGCCCAGUUCCACAAGGCCAUGCUCGUUCGCGGCGGCGUGAUCCAGCACGUCGGCUCGGAGGACGACGAGCCCAUCCGCACCGCCCGCGCCUCCUCGUCCGGCGGCAUACCCGUGCAGGACCUGCGCGGCCAGACCGUGCUGCCCGGCUUCUUCGACGGCCACCUGCACAUCCUCAUCCUGGGCCAGUCCCUCGCCAAGGUCAGCCUCGACCACUGCAAGUCGCUGCAGGACAUCCGCGCCGCCAUCAGGGAGUACGCCGCCGCCAACCCGGACGUGCCGCGCAUCUUCUGCAAGGGCUGGAUGCACUCGAUGACCCCCGACGGCGUCGACCACACGCUGCUCGACGACCUCGACCCGCGGCCCAUCUUUGUCGACACCAAGGACCUGCACUCGACCUGGGUCAGCGCCGCCGCCAUCGCCGAGCUCGGCCUGCAGGACACCCCGUCGCCCGAGGGCGGCGAGAUCCACCGGUUCGCCGACGGCGGCCGGCCCACGGGCCUGCUCAGCGAGGCCGCCGUCUUCAACAUCAUCUGGCCCUUCGUCGCCGCCGUCGCCUCGGUCGAGGAGCGCGCCGAGGCCGUGCGCCAGGCCAUGGUCGCCUACAGCGCCGCCGGCUACACGGGCAUGAUCGACAUGGCCAUGGACGAGAACAUCCUCGAGGCGGUGCUGUACCUGCGCGCGCGCUGGCGCCUGCCCCUGCGCCUGGCCGCCUACUGGCUCGUCAAGCCCGACGCCGACCCCGCCGCGCACGCCGCGCAGGUCGACCGCGCGGCCGAGCUGGCGGCGCUCUACAACGACCGCGCGAGCCCGGACUUCCGCGUCGUCGGCGUCAAGGUCAUCUGCGACGGCAUCGUCGACGCCUGCACGGCCUCCCUGACGGAGCCCUACGCGGCCAACGCGAAAUCGACGGACCCCUUCUGGCCGCCCGAGGCGCUGGCGCGCGUCGUGCGGCGCGCCGACGCCGCGGGCCUGCAGGUGGCGCUGCACGCCAUCGGCGACCGCACCGUGGCCAUGGUCGUCGACGCGCUCGAGGCGCACGCGAGCCGCGAGCGCCGCCCCCGCGUCGAGCACCUCGAGCUCGCGUCGGCGCGGGACGCGGCCCGCCUCGGCGCCCUGGGCAUCACGGCCUCGGUGCAGGCCGUGCACGCCGACCCGGCCAUCCUGCGCGCCUGGCCGGCGCUGCUCGGCGAGCGCCGCUGCGGCCGGGCCUUUGCGUACCGCGAGUUCGCCGACGGCGGCGCGACCCUGGCGCUGGGCUCCGACGCGCCCACGGCGCCGCACGGCCCGCUGGCCAACGCCUACGUCGCCACGACGCGGCGGUCCGCCCGCGAGCCCGGGUACGAGGUCGCCGUGAACCCGCACUUCGCGCUGGGCCUGUGCGAGGCCGUCGUGGCGGGGACGCGGGGCGCGGCGUACUCGUGCUUCGCGGACGGGGUGACGGGCAGCCUCGAGCCGGGCAAGAGGGCCGACUUUGUGGUGGUGGAGAUGGAGUGGGCGCCGGAGAAGCUGCUGGGGUCCAAGGUGCUGGAGACGUGGUUUGACGGCCGGAGGGUGUUCAAGGCUUCUUCGGAGGAGGACUGA